AUGCAAAGCGGCGAGGAAGCGGUUCUGAGUUUCAGUUCGUCCACGAACGCGCUGCCGGCUCCGCAUGCGCUACCAGUCCCCGUGAGUCUGACGCGGGGACGAGGCGCGUCGCCUUCGGAGGGAGACCGAGACUCAGGAAGCGAAGCGCGUUGCCAAGAAGAAGCAAGCGACUUCCCAGGCGCCUCAGGGAACUGGAACCCGUACAACCUCGUGGCUCUGGAAAAGCCGGAAGAAUGUCUAUCGAUCGGCGCAGCCUUCACGGAGACGUGUCUCUCCUUUGCGGUGGAUGGACGUCUGACUGCUGAACAGAUUCUGUUCCUCGAACAAAUCUUCAAGAAAGCAGUGGCGACGCACUUGACGGACUGUGUCCGAUCGAGCAGCGCCGCGGCGCCUGGCCAGCUGCGCCGGGCGUCGGCGAAGAAGUUGCCCUCGACCGGCAGCCGCGCGUGGGCGCUCAAAGGGACUUGUCUUUCUUUCAAGCGCGAGGGGGAAGCGACGCGCAUGAUCCUCGAAAACGCCUCGCUGAACAUCAAGGGGUUGUUUCUCCCGUGCAAACGCCUCUGUCUCGUCGACCUCGCCGGCCGACAAAGCAAAAAACGAAGGCUUCUUUAA